AUGAUGCAAAAUGUGCAUCUGGCUGCUGAGGCCGAUGAAGAUGACCUUUAUUCUGGCUACAAUGAUUAUAAUCCCACGUUUGACACAGAGGAUUUAGAAAAUGAUGUAGCUUUUCAACAGGCAGCAAGAACAAGUCAUGGUAGAAGACCCCCUGUGACAGCCAAAAUUCCUGGUACAUCAGCUUCAAGACCUUUAGCUACUGGAUUUGGGUCAAAGGCAACUUUAACUUCAUCUAUGGGAAGACCAAUGACAGGAGCUAUACAGGAUGGGGUUGCUCGGCCAAUGACAGCAGUGCAUGCUGCAGGUUACACUAAGGCAGCUAUGAGAGGUUCUUCAUUUGAUCCUCUUGGCCAAGCAAGAGGUCCUGCUCCACCCCUGGAAAUGAAAAAUUCAGACAGUUCAGAAGAGAAGAUUAGGCAGUUGGAAAAAAAAGUGAAUGAACUGGUUGAAGAAAGCUGCAUUGCCAACAGCUGUGGAGACUUGAAAUUGGCUCUGGAAAAGGCAAAAGAGUUGUUGGUGAGACAACGUGAACAAAUUGCUGCUCCAGAAAACAUCAACUUAGACCUCACUUACUCAGUUCUUUUUAAUCUGGCCAGUCAGUAUGCUGCUAAUGAAAUGUAUGCUGAAGCACUGAAUACUUAUCAAGUUAUAGUGAAGAAUAAGAUGUUCAGCAAUGGAGGUAGACUGAAGGUGAAUAUGGGAAAUAUAUAUUUGAAACAACGGAACUAUGCCAAAGCUAUCAAAUUCUACCGUAUGGCUCUAGACCAGAUUCCUAGUGUCCACAAAGAGAUGAGGAUUAAAAUAAUGCAAAAUAUCGGAGUUGCAUUUAUUAAAACUGGUCAAUACGUUGAUGCCAUUUCUUCAUUUGAACAUAUAAUGAGCAUGUCCCCAAACCUGAAGGCAGGCUUCAACUUGAUCCUAUGUUAUUUUGCUAUUGGAAAUGGUGAGCAAAUGAAAAAAGCCUUUCAAAAACUGAUUGCAGUUCCCUUGGAAGUGGACUAUGAUGACAAAUACAUUUCACCAAAUGAUGAUCCACAUACGAAUCUACUGAUUGAAGCCAUUAAAAACGACAGUUUAAGACAGAUUGAACGUGAGAGGAAAUCCAUGGCAGAGGAAUACAUCAUGACAGCUGCUAAACUCAUUGCACCAGUAAUUGAGACAUCUUUUGCAGUGGGCUAUGACUGGUGUGUUGAGGUAGUAAAAGCUUCCAACUAUGUAGAGUUAGCCAAUGACCUGGAAAUAAAUAAAGCCACUACUUACUUAAGGCAGCAGGAUUUUAACCAGGCACUGGAGACUUUAAAAAUGUUUGAAAAAAAGGAUAGCAGAGUAAAGAGUGCAGCUGCAACAAACCUUUCAUUCCUUUAUUAUUUGGAGAAUGAAUUGGGACAAGCAACUAACUAUGCAGAUUUAGCUGUAAAUUCUGAUAGGUACAAUCCAGCAGCUCUAACUAACAAAGGAAAUACUGUUUUUGCAAACGGAGACUAUGAAAAAGCAGCUGAGUUUUAUAAGGAAGCUCUCAGGAAUGAUUCCUCAUGCACUGAAGCACUUUAUAAUCUUG